CUCCUCCUCCUCCUCCGGGUCGCAUUCACCUCAGUUCUUGGAUCCAAAUCUGUUGUCCGACACUAAACCAUGUAACCUACCGAUUUCGGGGACAUUGAGGAUCCUCGGUGUCACCGAAAAUAAACCAAACGUAACGACAGCGCGGCCAUGAGUCUGCUUCACGGAGCAAACCCGGAGUGAAGGACCGAGUAAAGCUGGAACCGAAUACAAGGCAAACCGAGUCUUUGACUUUGGCUGUAAGAUUUCCUCAUUGAGCCGUCCGAGGGGUUUCUUCUGACCACUUCUCAGUUUCUGUACACAUGCAAGAUUUGACUCCUGGAGACGCUGUCCCAGACGUAACGACACACCCAGACCCAGUGAGAGUCACCCAGUCCUGUUGUCGGGAGGAAAACAUGGCUGCCAGUACACCACCAGGGACUCCCCCCAGUGGCCUAACAGACCGGAGCGGGAGCUUCUUUAAAUUGAUUGACACGUUUGCGUUGGAGAUCGGGGAGCUGACGAAAGAGAUGGUCCAGAUCUCCCCAACCACAGACAAGGAGCCAACGGACCAACAGAGGAUGGAAAGUGAGUUGAGCGGUGUUUACCUGCAGUCCCCACACUGUGGCGUCGUAGGAGUUGAAAGGGAUUCUGGGUACGACUCCUUGCGGAGGAGGAUGAGCGUGUUGGACAGGCUGACUCAAACCCAUCCGGUGUGGCUGCUGCUGGCGCUCAGUGAGGAGGAAGCCAGUCGCAUUCUACUCAAGCAGCCACCAGGGGUGUUUGUGGUGAGGAGGUCAGCUGUCCUGCAGAGAAAAGUUCUGUCUGUGCGUCUGAAGGAGGGUCUGUCAGGAUCUCCCAUCAGCCACUUCCCUGUCAGAGAGAGCCAGUACACCUUUUCCCUUGAGGGAUCUGGGAUCAGCUUUGCAGAUCUGUUCCGCCUCGUGGCUUUCUACUGUAUCAGCAGGGACGUCCUGCCUUUCUCACUCAAACUCCCAGAGGCCAUUGCUUCUGCAAAGACUCAGAAAGAGCUGGAGGAGGUGGCUCAGCUUGGAGCAGGAUUCUGGGACUCUGCCCUGUGCAGCCAGCGUCGCACUCCUCCUCGCCCCGGUCGCCCUCUGAGCCGGACCCUUAGCCUCCAGCGGACCAACAGGAACAGGGAGGCCCAGGGGUCACAGCAGGGAAACACUGAGCCUCACUGUGACAGCGCUCCACCGACCCUACGGCCCCACGCCUCUCCACCUUCCUUUCAUCUGGAGAGAAGACAUUCCAGUGGUCCUCUGUGCUUCGUUACUCCUCUGUUCCUCCAGACUCGUCAGCGCCGUCGCGGCCGUGACGACGAUCCUCCUCCAAAUGCUGUAAAGUCCACGACCCCGGAGAAUGCGGAGGACGCAUCCAUGAAGCCGUCAGGCAGCAGCGGUGAAGCUAGUGAGCAGCAGCAGCAGCAGCAGCAGCACAGUGUCAAACUGAACGGUAACUCCAGGCAAGCCCCCCCUCGCCCCCCUCCCCCUCGCUCGAUGUCACGCCGGCGCCCUGCUCCGCCCCCACCUGGACCUUCGACGGCAACCACGAGGCCGAAGAGCAUGCCAGUGGCCGUCGCCGUGUCUGUAAGGAAGCAGCAGUCUCCCAGCAAGCGCCACGCACCCCAACCGCCACAAAUGGGUGCCAAGCAUACCAGCCCGUCCAAAACUGCCAGCUCACUAACCCGCGUGCCUUCAAACCCACCGCCUCCAAGACCUAAGAAGCCUGAUCUGGAGGCUCACCGCUGUCACAUUGCCCUGGACGAUGAGACCAUCGCUAAGGCUCUGUCCCGUGCUAAGCUUCCCUCCUGCCAGCCUUCGCCCGCUGCUCCUGCUGAUGGACUACUGGACAACAACACUGUCAAUCCUUCCACUCCAGACGAGAGGGGAUGCCAGCGUCUCAGCGACAUGAGCAUGUCCACUUCCUCCUCUGACUCACUGGAAUACUCCCAGGCUCCUGGGUUCUCCCUUGGGUUACCCUCGAACCCUUCCAGACACCUGAAUCAUCAAGACCCAGUGGAGGACAGCAGUGACGAUGACGAGGACGGGGAAGAAGACGAGGAGGAGGAGGAGGAUUACGGCGUCGGCUUGGAGACGGAUCUGGAAAUGCGCCUCCGUCCUACAUUCAAAGCGCGGCGGCCGAGGGUCAGCGUGAGCCUAGGCGGGGGCUCUUUUGUCAUCCCCAGGGCCCUGAAGGGACGCUUCAGCAAGGUGAGCGGCAUGCUCAGCUCUCUCAUGACCCCCGAGAAACGGGCGGUGAAACGGAUCGCUGAGCUGUCCAGGAACAAAACUUCAUAUUUCGGCUCCCUGGUUCAGGACUACAUCAGCUUUGUCCAGGAGAACCGCAGCUGUCACACUUCAGGGGCGGACUUCCUGCAGACUCUCAGGCAGUUCAUGACUCAGAUGAAGGCUUACCUGCGCCAGAGCUCUGAGCUGGAUCCGCCUCUAGAGUCCCUCAUACCUGAGGACCAGAUUGAUCAGGUGCUAGAAAAGGCCAUGCACAAGUGUGUCCUAAAGCCUCUGAGGAGUGUGAUCGAGGUGGCGCUACAUGACUUCCAGGUCAGCAGUGGGACUCUGCAGCAGCUGAGAGAGAACCUGGCCCUGGCUAAGUCCAAGAAGCCCCAGGAGUUAGGGGUGGACGGCGCUGUGCCCCCUGACUCUAUGGCUAUCGAGAAAAUCCGCCACAAGUUCCUCAACAUGAGGAAGAUGUACUCCCCGGAGAAAAAGGUUUCACUGCUGCUGCGCGUGUGUAAACUCAUCUACACCAUCAUGCAGGAUAACUCAGGGAGGAUGUACGGUGCCGAUGACUUCCUGCCUAUGCUGACUUAUGUCGUAGCUCAGUGUGAAAUGCCUCAGCUGGACACAGAGAUCCAAUACAUGAUGGAGCUGCUGGACCCUUCUCUGCUGCAAGGAGAAGGCGGUUAUUACCUGACCAGCGCUUAUGGGGCCAUGUCGCUCAUCAAGAACUUCCAGGAGGAGCAGGCGGCCCGGGUUCUGACCUCCGAGGCCAGAAACACUCUGCACCAGUGGCACAGACGUCGCACGGCACAGCGCGCAGUGCCAACAGUGGACGACUUUCAGAACUAUCUCCGUGUAGCCCUGCAGGAAGUGGACACAGGCUGCACAGCCAAAACCUUGGUCGUCGACCCGUACACAACCACAGAGGAGGUCUGCUCACUCUGCGCUUACAAGUUCAAGAUCCCCGACCCAGAGAAAUACGCACUGUUUCUGGUCACUGAGGACACGCGGCAACAGCUCGCCCCCGACACACACCCUCAGCGAAUCAAAGCCGAGCUCCACAGCCGGCCUCGGACACAGAUCUACCACUUUCUCUACAGGAAGGUGCCCAACCUGAACCUCUGUUUCCCUGCCGUUAUACACAAUGCAAAUUGCCUUCAAGUUCAAUAGUGGAGAAGAAUGUAACCGCUCGCUGCACUUGAUCACUAUUGAUUCUUUUUGAUUUGUUGUUUUCUGGUUCUUGUAGAUGUUUGUUUGAUAGAUGAAUUGGAGGAUGUCUGUGGAGAACCCAAGCAGUAUGUUGGCAUAUUGUUGCAGAUAUCAAAUGUCUUGAGGUCAACGAUGAUGUCAUGAAGAGGAAUAAGUUGAUUUAUUUUUAUGAGCAAACCACCAGGAGGUAGAAUGGACUUUGUAAAGUGUUGUUGAAGACUUCAUAUUGGAGUCUAAAAGGCCAAGAAAGGUAACAUUUUCUCUGCAGGUUUGGUUAAGGGUUUUAAAAUCGUAAUUUGGCAGCCUUUUUAACAUUUAUAUGACAGAGCUGACUGGUAGCGAUGAAGUUAUCACUAUUGAAAACAUAAUGUUUGAUCAGCUAAAAGUUGAAUGAGUUUGGCACAUUCAUAGAGUUCAAAUCCAAACAUUUAAUUUUGACCUAUCACAACGUAUUUACACAAAGCUUACUGUUGAUAGAGUUAUCAGCAAUCCCUUCUAUAGUAGCAAUAACAAUUGCAUAAUAUCAAUUCAAUUUCAACAUGUGUAUAGAGGAUUGUGACAGAAAUAUUAACAAAAGCAAUUAUACUAUGUUUGACAUUUAAAAAAAAAAAUACUGUUUAUAUGCAGCACAGAAUGCUGUUUUCAUUCAGAUGUGUGCAGAUGUUUAUCGGUGCCAAUGAAGAAAACUAUAAUCGUUCACUGGUUACCGUUAAAUUACAGACAUCUGAAAGGACAUUUUUAUUAACGUCUUAACUUAACAUCAAAAAUCAUUUCUGUUACUGAAUUUGCGUAGAAGACCGAGUUAAAAGUUAAUUUUUUUUAAUGCAGAUAUUCAACAAUGAUUUCCAGUUGUGAGAAAUUGGGUUGACAAAUUUACAUUUUUACCAAAAAGAAAUGAUUUGCAGAUGAAUUUCAUGAGAACUGCUACCAGUCAAAACACAAUAUUGCAUUUCCUGCUAUUGAACAGAUAAAAAAAAAAAAGUGCUCGCCACGCUUUUAGUCCAUCUGUGCAUGUGAGGAGAAAUCAAUGGUCUGUGGCUGGUUUGCAGGAUUUUAAGUAUUUAAGUUGUGAAGUGUAAUAUGGAGGUGAAGAGUGUCUCAGAUAAUUAUAAAUGUAUCAUAUUUAAUUUGGAUCUGUCAUACAGCUGUAGACCGCCUUUAAUGUAUCUAACAUUUGCCUUAACUGCUGUUAUUCCAGGUGCCUUUAAUAGGAAUAUUACAGAGAGUUUAGUCAGCUUCAUGCCAAAGCUCUGAUUUAAUAAGUAAAAUUAACUAUUUUUAAAGUUUAAAUCGUGUUUUUGUUAUGACUCUUGUUUUUAAUUUCUGCAGUUGCUGGUCAACUGUAGCUUUUAUGUCUGUCGAAAUAUUUUUAUAUUCAAAUGUUCCUUUUCUCAUCUCUAAAGUCACAAAGAUUUGUAUUCAGAUUUAACAUGUCUGUACUGGACUUUGUAGUGGUGUUGGAUUUAUGCCAGUUAUUUUUCAGAAGUCAAUUUCAAAAUACACUGUUUCUACUGUUUGUUACGGACACUCAAAGAUGACGGUGGAAAUAUAUAAAUUCUCUCAAACUGA